AUGUCGAAACCUGUUGUGAAUAAUACUGCAGUCACGCAGGAAAAUAACCAGUUCAAGAAGGAAAACAGAAGUUCUAGCGGUAAUACUCCAAAUAUCAAAGACGAAAAGCGGUCUUCUGACAGCUUCGUCAGUCAACAGCAAAAGAGCAACAACCCGGCUCAAAAUCAGAAUCGUGCUGGGCAGACUCCUCACGGUCAGCGGUCCAACCAACAACACAAUGACAGCCAAAGUAAGGAUCGGUCGGGAAAUCGAAACGAUAGUAGGAAUUAUGAGAAAAAUAAACCAGAAGCGAAAAGUAACGAAGAAGAUAAGCAUACUGCCGACCCAUCGGCUGGAGGACCAGUCGAGAAGAAAUUCACUGGGAGAUGUCGAUUGUUUGUUGGUAAUCUGACUCCUGACAUAACAGAGCAUGACUUCAGGAAAAUGUUCGAGGCCUAUGGAGAAGUGUCGGAAAUCUACCUUAAUCCAUCCAGAGGAUUUGGAUUCAUUAGGCUGGAUUACCGGCAGAAUGCUGAAGCUGCCAAAGCUGGUCUGGAUGGCAGCAUGAGAAAAGGUCGUGUUCUCCGAGUCCGCUUUGCCACCCAUGGCGCUGCCUUGAAAGUGAAGAAUCUUCACCCCUUUGUCUCAAAUGAACUUCUGGAACAUUCGUUCUCACAGUUUGGUGAGCUGGAGCGCUGUGUUGUUAUAGUAGAUGACAGAGGCAAAUCUACCGGGGAGGGUAUUGUGGAGUUUGUGCGCAAGCCUGGAGCAAACUCAGCACUGAGACGUAUUACAGAAGGAGUGUUCUUGAUGGGCAUGGACCCAAAGCCAGUGUUUGUGGAACCAUUGGAGCAUAAGGACGAAGAAGAUGGCCUGCCAGAGAAACUGUUGACCAGAAAUGAGCAGUAUAAAAAGGAAAGGGAGAAAGAGCCGAGGUUUGCUCCACCUGGGACAUUUGAAUUUGAGUUUGGCAUGAGAUGGAAGCAGCUGGAUGAGCUGGAGAAGCAGCGGAUCGAGCAGGUGAAAAAGGACAUUGAUGAUGCUCGCCUGAAGCUAGAGGAUGAGAUGCAGAAUGCUCUGUUUGAGUACCAGGCUGAUCAGAUUAGACAAGAACUGGCUCGGCAGCAGGAGGAAUUACGACGACUUGAGGAGUUGCGAAACCAGGACAGACUCAGGAGGCAGCAGGAGUAUGAAUUAAGACACCAGCAAGAGGAGCGCGAGAGAGCCCAGCAGGAAGAACGUCGUCGUGCUGAUACCAUGAUGAUAAUGAGGCAACAGGAGUUGGCCAGGGGUAGAGGAGGAACGCAAAUGGACAUGCCUGUGUUGACUGGACGGGAGGAAAUGAUGAUGUCUGAUCGCUUUGGUGACCGCAUACAAGAUCGUAUGCCAGAUAGGAUGGGUGAGCGUAUGGGCGAUAGGAUGCCAGACCGUAUGGGCGAUAGAAUGCCAGAACGUAUGGGCGAUAGGAUGCCAGACCGUAUGGGCGAUAGGAUGCCAGACAGAAUGAAUGAUCGCAUGAGCUCAGGCCAGUCUGGAUUCAUGUGGGAUGACAAGCAACGGGAAGAUACAAACCCGAAAUCCCUCAUGCAGUCUGCAGGAUUUAACAUGGGUAAUACAUCUGGUGGAGGCCAAGGAUCCAGUGCACCCAACAUGAACCAGGGGUCCACUGCUCCGGACCCUAAUGCUAUGAGACCUCGUUUUGAUCAGGGAGGUCCUGACAACAGCUACCAGAACCAACGUGGCAUGAUGGGUGUUUCUUCUCAUGCUAUUCCCAGUCUCAUCAGCAUGGGCAAUCCUGGCAACAUGGGUGGGCCCCAGGCAGGCCCUCCAACAUCCAUGGGGUCUGGUUCUGGGGGUGGCAUGAGAAGUGGCUCCCAGAAUCUAGGAGUAGCGGGCGGUAGCCCUAACAUGUUCCAGUCACAAAGCAGCAUGAAUGAGCGUAUGAUGAUGGACCGCCGCCGUGAAGCUGCCCGCGAAGAAAUGAUGGACAUUAAAAGAAUGCGUCGGUUCUGA